CCGAUCUCUCUCUCUCUCUUUUCCGUCGACCACCCUUGCCGCUGAACACCAACAGGGCAGCACCACCAUCCGGCCACCGGUCCACCAGCAUCCCGUCAUCUGUCUCCCGCAGCUGUGCUUUCAGGGCUCCGCGGGACGGCCGCUGGUAUCAGUGCCCUCGGCCGGAAAGGGGUGGCGCAUUCUCCAGCUCUUCUGCCUGGUUCCUGCAGUCUGCGCCCAGUUCUUCCGUUUGGUCCCUCCAGUUUGGGCCGACCACCCGGAGCAUUGCCUGUAAGGAUUCUGUCUAGCAAGUCGGAGGUUUCCUCUUCAAGAUGGGUAGACCUAGCUUCUGAGAUGCGGAAGUUAUACUAAUGGAAAUCAUUAUUGCCAUGGGAGAUUUCAGAUUUGGAUGCAUUUUCCCCCAGCUGCCACACGUGAAUAUGCUUCAUUAGUGGAUGAGGUUCUACUGUCAAAAGGAGAUUCACAGGAGUUUAUCAUGUCCAACUGCUUCUGUUUCAUAAGAAUGUAUUGGCAGGCAUCAUCUUCUUAUCUAUCAAUAUGAAAGGACUGUUCUUUUUUCUUUCUCUUACCAAAUUUUUAUAUACAACUAUUAAGGACUCGGUUGAUUGACUUAUUUCUAUGAAACACUUAAUAGUCAUAUAUUUAGAUAGAAAUUGUUUAAUCUUUUGAAGAUUGGAGUAGGACGACUGAUUGCUGAAUACUGUCUACAAAUAUAUUUUGAAGCCAGUUAAACGAGUUGACAAGUUAAACGAGUUGAGUUAAAUGAGUUAAGUUAAACGACAUGACUAAAUGACUUACACAAGUUAAAUGAGUCGAGCUCGAGCUCUUGUUGAGCUCCACAUAGCAAGCUCGAGCUCAAUUCGACUACACAAGAUCGAGCUCGAGCUUGAUGUUGUGUAGUCGAGUUGAGCUCGACUCGAGUUUGAGAUGAUCCCGGGCGCAGCUCGAGCUUGACUCAGCUCCUGUGCAGCCCUAAAUUGCAUCUUUACUUAAUUACUCAAUGUAGGGAAGUCUUUCUUGCUUGUUCCCUUGGAGGUCAUUUGAUAGCAACGACAUUAUGCGAAUGUUUGAUGAAUCUGCCAGGAAUACUUGAACUAGUAUGCUAUGAAUCUGCCCCAUCAGCGGGACAUUAACAUAGUGUGCCUACAGCUGAACAACCCUUUUGAGGUGCCCAUUUUAUAUGUUAGUGAAGAAUUACACAAGAUAGCAUGACAUCUUAGGCGUGCCUAUGAUUGGGGUGAUGAGUUUCCCAUGCAAUAAUUUCUAGAUCCAAGUACUAUUGAAUCCAAGCUUCCAGGCAAAGCUUAACUACUGAAAAUUUUCUCAUGGAGAAUUUGUUUAUCAUAGUUCUUAUGUCUUUUCUUAAACAUGAGUAAGAGCCUUUUUGCUUCUAAAGUUUCAUUCGUUGUUUGAAAGAACUAUGCAAUAUUAGUUGCAUGUGUCAUUAUUCUUACUGAAUAAAAGAGAUCUUUAACAUGCAUGUAGAAUUCUUUAACACUAAUUUUCCUAGUUUAUGGGGUUACUUGGUUUUUAUUAUUUGAGAUAUGAUUUGGUUUCUGGUUUCUUAGUCGCAUCACAUGUAUCAUUUCUCCUGCAUGCAUGACUACUUUUGCAUCAAUUAUUAGCAUGAGCAUAGAUUUACUUGAAAAAAGACUUUUAUGGUUCUAAGCAACUAAGUGCAGACCUUGCUCGCACAUGCAUAUGCAUGCAACUGUGAUAACAUAGAUGUUCAAUUAUGCCAUUCAUCUACUUGUUCAUUCUCUCUCUUAGUUAUGCAGCAUUAUAAUGGUAGAAGGCCUUUGUUAUUUUCUACAUAUAUGGUAGCAAGAUUUAAAGGAGAAGUUAUGUAUGGAUGAAUCAGAACUGAUUUUUUGUUUCAAUAAUAAAGCAAUAUGAUAAAUCUCUAGGCCGAUUGCAUGACUUAAGUUGGAUAUGAUAAAGAAUUUUGAACCCAGUCCUACUAGUAAAAUCAUGGUUGAUAGAAAAUACUAGAAAACAUUAAUUAGUGAAAGAUUUGAACUGGACUGCACCUUGCCUGAGUUUCAAAAAUUGUAUAUUUUUUCUAACGUUAUAUGCAAUUGAAAGUUUCAUAAUUGAUCUAGUAACAGGUUUCAAAAAAAUCCGUAACACUCUUUUACCAGCUUUGGAUAAUCAGUUUAAUGAGUUUCAUAUGAUCAGCUCUUAUACGUCUUAUAACUAGAAUUGCUGACCGUCUUCAAAAAUAGAUAUGAAACUAAACAUGCGUGUAAAAGGAAAACCUAGUUUCUAAUGACUGCUUAUUACUAUUGCUUUUCUCUACUAAGUUAACAAUCCUUGGGUAGAUGAUUCAAUGUAAUAUAAUUGACUAUGGUCAUCAAGAGGUAGCUUGGUCAUUUACCAUGACAAACAGUGUUCUGUGCUUACUGGGCUCAGGUAGCCAUGGUCUUUUUUAAACUGAACUUGUCUUUGUAAUUUUUCAGAAUGUAGGUCUUCUGCAAAUAAGACGAAAUGGAAGGUUGCUCGGGUAAAUCCUUCCUUAUAUAUGAAAGCAAGAUUCAGACUCGGGCGUGAUAAAGUGAGAUGGAAGACGCAACAGAUGGUGUGAAUUAUGAGAUUUGGAGGGCUUGUGGAGGAUUGACAGUUAGGAUUCCACUAGUGAAGUCCAAGGUUUACUAUUUCCCGCAGGGCCAUGCCGAGCAUGCCUCCUCCCCUCCAUCCAUCACCGGCUGCCCUCCCGUUGUUCCUUGCCGUCUCGACUCCGUUUGCUUCUGUGCAAACCGGGAAACCGAUGAGGUCUUCGCCAUCUUCAGCAUGACUCCCAUUUCAUCGUCACUUGGCUUCUCUAGCGGUUCAGAAGUCGACGCGGCAGAUUGCGGCCUUGCUGUGGUGUCCUACUCCAAGGUUCUGACCCAGAGUGAUGCGAACAACGGUGGUGGCUUCUCUGUGCCACGAGCUUGUGCUGACUCGAUCUUCCCACCGCUCAACUUUGACGCUGAUCCGCCAGUUCAAACAAUCAAUGUUCGAGAUGUGCACGGCACCACUUGGGCCUUUCGCCACAUUUACCGCGGAACACCACGGCGCCAUCUCCUCACCACGGGGUGGAGCAAGUUCGUCAAUAGCAAGAAGCUCGUUGCUGGAGACUCGAUCGUCUUUAUCAGGGCUGCCUCUGGUGCGAUCUUCGUUGGCGUUCGACGAACGACGUGGGGCUCAAGCUGCGGUGAGGUGACUCUGAAGUGGAACGCCCAGUUUAAGGACUGCCAGAGGAUGUUAGAAGAGGCAGAGUCGUCAUCAUCGACAUUACCGCAGGGGUUCUGGCGCCGAAAGGGGAGGGUCACUGCCACAGCGGUGGAGGAGGCAGCAGCGCGUGCAACAGACAACCGUUCCUUCGAAGUUGUGUACUAUCCAAAGGCCGGAGCACCGGAAUUUUGCGUGGGAGCAGAGUUGGUGGAGGAGGCGAUGAAGCUAAGCUGGGCAGCAGGGAUGAAGGUACGGAUUCCGCUGGAGACAGAGGACUCUUCGAAGACGAGCUGGUGCACCGGCACCAUAGCAGCCGUUAGCGUCGCCGAUCCUGUUGCCUGGCCUAACUCCCCUUGGAAGAUUCUGCAGGUGACUUGGGACGAACCAGAGAGCUUGCCUAACGUCAAGAGGGUCAGCCCAUGGGAGGUUGAGAUGGUGUCCACCAUGCCACAGAUUGCCCUUCCUCAGUUAUCCUUCCAGAAGAAGAAAUCAAGAUUCCUAGAGAGCCCUGACCCAGCAGCAGCAGAGACAGAUGGCGUCAGCACUUCCUAUUCUCCAAUGGCAGCUCUCGAUCCGGCGAUGAGCUGCUUGAUCCCACCAUUGAUAAACUACAACAGCUUCCCCCCCUCAGGCAUGCAGGGAGCCAGGCAUGACUCGGUUUUUCCGAGCACUUUACACGACUUCUCGACACUGAUCAAGACCCACCACCGUUCAUUUUCCGACAGUCAUUUUGGCAGGAGCAGCAGCACUUUCCCAAACUGGAAUUAUGGAUCCGCAGACCGGUCCUCCAGCACAUGCAGGUUCUCCCAGUCCGAAUGGUCAUCGCCAGAGAGCUGUAGCCCUGUGCAGAAUCUGGAAAUUGAUCAUAGGGGCGAGAGGCAAUCAAGGAGCUUGCCUAAGGGUUCUGGCGGCUGCUUCCUUCAGCUAUUUGGGAAGACCAUAUGGACUGAGCAGAACAUCGAGACUAACCGAAUGCCAUAUGCUGGUGUCCCGGCUGCCAUCACAAAGCAAGUUGCAGAGUGUACCGAGUUGAGCAACCAUGGAUGGUCGGACCAGCAGCCACUGGAAGCGGAUCAGCUUCAUCAUAUAGGAACAGAGGAUGGGCAGGACGAGUUCUCAAGCACUAAUGGCUGUAGAGUGUGUAAGGUCUACAAGGAAGAGGAGGGCGAUAGCCCUGGGCGGGCCUUAGACCUCUCCACGUUUUGCUCGUAUGAGCAGUUGUAUCAAAAAUUGUCCUUGAUGUUUGAUAUCGAUGAACCUCAGUUGUGCAAGCGUUUGUUCUAUAGAGAAAGCACUGGGUCUUUGAGGCAGCCAGGCGAACAGCCGUUCAGGGAUUUUGCGAAGAUGGUGAGGAGGCUGAUGAUCAUUUGAUAUGAACAAAUGACAUGGAGUGCAAGAUUUUCCGAUGCCAUAUGUUCUAGCUAAAAAAAUAUACAUCUUGUUUGAAACAAAGAUCUGGAAUUGACUCUUGGGAUGUUUGACUUGUAGUGACUUUGAUGAUGUUUGGUUUGUGGUGACUCUUAGGAUGUAUGGUUUGUCUUAGUGGUUGUUCCUAGCAUGUUAGUAUAUAUAGCACUAAGUGUUUUAACUUUAGAUGCAAAAAAUUAUGUCGGGUUGUAGGCCUUUUUUAGUGAGAAAGUUGAGGUAAUUAUGCGACUUCAAAUUGUGCCUGUUUUAAACUAUCUUGUUCAAGUAUAUUUUAUGGAUAAUCUCUUGCAUUUA